ACCAACUUCCAGCGGAGGUAGUGGAUCAAUUAUCAAUAACUGAGUUUAAACAUGCUUGGGAUAAACACAUGCCCAUCAUUCAACAAAAAAUAAGUAAAUAAAUAAAUAAAUAAAAAGAAAAAGAAAAAAAAACCUCAAAGGGCAGACUCAAUGGACCACUAGGUCUUUUUCUGCCAUCAGUUUUCUAUGCUUCUAUGUCUCCCCAGCUUCUUCUGUUGUCUCCGCCAGCACUGACUAACGAUGAUGGGCUUCCUUAGGUAGGAAUGAGGAGCUUUUGGACGUAGCAGUUUGAGACAAAAGCUGCACAACUGACCUUCCUCUGCUGUUUCUUUUCCAGAAUCUGUUGCUGAAGAUUACCCCACUGGAUUUAUGUGACUCACCCAAAGCUUCCCAGCUAGAGCCCUUCCUUGUUCUCCAAUGGCUGGGCAGGAGAGGCUACUGCAGGAGUUUCUCUUUAAUUUCCUGGUCUAGCCCAAUGUUGCAAUCUCACUCAUUUAAAUAGUGUUUCCUUGGCCCUUGCUCAGAAGAGAAAAGGCUACCAGAAGAUAUGCACUUUUCACCUCUUGCUUCUUGCAGAAUGUGUAAGGAACUUCUUUCUAUAGCUUUCUACCGGGCUGUCUUCACUGAGUUGCUGAUCACCGCCAUCUACGUCUUUUUCGGCUUGGGGUCUGUUCUGGAUUGGCCAGAGACACCCUCCAUCCUGCAGAUUUCUAUCACCUUCAACUUGGCAGCAGCCACAGUUGUCCAGAUUGCCUGGCGUGCUAGCGGAGCCCACAUCAAUCCAGCAGUGACUGUGGCCUUCCUGCUUGGCUCUCGUGUAUCAUUGGUGAGGACUGUCUGCUAUGUGGUGGCCCAGUUGGCUGGAGGAAUUGUUGGGGCAGCCAUCCUUUACGCAGUGACUCCUGAGAAUGUCCGGGGAAAUAUGGGCAUCAACAAGGUGAACGUCAAUAUUUCAGCUGGACAAGCUGUUGCAGUUGAGCUCAUCUUGACCCUACAGUUGGUUCUGUGCUACUUUGCAUCCACAGAUACACAGCGUAGUACGGGCUCCCCCGCUGUCAUCAUCGGAGUCUCGGUUGCCCUGGGCCAUUUGGUAGGGCAUUACUACACUAGAUGCUCCAUGAAUCCAGCCAGAUCCUUUGGUCCUGCUGUCAUAACUGGGAAUUUUCUUCAGCAGUGGAUCUUCUGGGUGGGCCCCUUAAUUGGUGCCAUCUUGGCAUCUGUCCUUUACAACUUUGUUAUUUACUAUGACCCUAAGCCCUUCAGCCAGAGACUGUCCAUUCUCAAAGGCAGCUAUGAUGGAGAAGAGCUGAAGACACAGGAGGAGACUCAUCAGAAGGAAUCAUUGUCAUUGCCCAGUCUGGCACAUAGAUUGUAGCUUCUGUGGACAGGAACUUUGGGAUGGUCUCAGCAAGAGAUGGAUCUGUGGAUGGUGAUCCCAGAGCUGAAGAAGUUUGUUAGAUGAGAAGUGAAAUGUCUUCAAAGAAAAACAAGAAAGUCCAAUCGCCUCUUGAAAAAGUACCUUUGGGACAACCAUGAUCUGGAGGACUGAGAAUCUCCAUAGGCGUGAUCCCAUAACCAGCCAGUAGAGGGCUCCAGGUUCCUUUCCUCUGAAGUCUUGACUUGCCGUGUGGAUUUUGCUACAUUUGCAGCAAGAGGCGCCUUGUGAUUGGAAGCGGCCAUGUGGGUAUCUUAAGCACUCUAUUCAGGAAAAGGGCUGCUUUCAACAUAAAGCAAAUAUGAACUUGACAGCUAUGAACUGCAGUGCCAAAGGAGUGGCUGGCUUGAGGUUUAAACCUGUCUUUUUCUAGGCGGAUUUUUUUUUUUUCAGAGGAUAAGCAAAAGUUACUUGGAUAAAUAAGCCUGGAUGCUAGUUGGAUCCUUAGCUGACAAAUGAACCAUUUCACCAACGCUGUGUCUCAUGCAGUAUAUAUCACCCCAAGAGCACGCUGCAUAAAAUUAGGCUGCCUUCACUGCUGGGAAACAAGGAGCAAGGAGGCAGGGGCAGGAUCUUGACCGGUGAACUUUUCUUGUCAUCGAGAAGUUUCUCUGGGCUUCUCAGGAUCCCUAUCCUGCACUUCCAGACGAGGUUUUUCCCUCAAUGGAAAAAUGUCACCCCAUCAAAGCUGGCAAGGAGUUGCUGCCUAGCGUAGACUUUUAGCAGUCCAAAACAUACAGAUAGUCCUCAGCUUAUGACCAAAAUUUCUAUAGUUAAGUGAGACAUUUGUUAAGUGAAUUUGGCCCCAUUUUAUGACUU